CAUGGAUAAACAGAAGCGCAGGGACAGAGCAGCCAGGCCGGCUUUCUCUUUGUUAUACUCACCUUUCAGUCCCAUCUUAUUGGUUGUUAGGAGACCAGAAUCUCACGGUGCAGUUACAUCAACAACAGGUGCACUGUGAGUCUCCCAUGCAGCAACUGUCCGCAACGGGGCUGGUCAGGCAGCAGAGGUAUAAUCUGUACCUCUUUGCAUGAAUUAUUUAUCAUUGCUGGAGACGGUACUCCAGUUUCCUUUAUAUUUAGUUCUGCGAAGAGAGCGCCUGGCAUUGCACAUAUUAUAUAUAUAUUUAUAUACACACACACACAUAUAUAUUUAUGACUCUGCAACUAGCACCAUGCGACUCUCAAGGUCCUCGGCAUGGUAGCUGCCUCUAGUAUUUAUGCCUUAAUUCUCCUGUAAGCUCCAGCCUCAAAGCCUUUAUUAAAGCUGGGUGAGUAAUCAGUACGGAUGUUUCGCAGCAGAAGGAUGAACCCAUUGUGACAUUAGAUCUUUUCUUACAGAAGCUUUUUAUUUUUGUUCAAUUAUUUUUAUUUUUUUGGUUAUCAUGAAGAUAUUUGGAGUGAAUUCUACGUAAUGAAAACUGGCCUAGAAUUUUUUUACUGAAUGGAAACUUGAGAACUAAUGGCUUUUUCCUGGACUUCUUUUACUCAUAUGUUACUAUGUCUGCCUUGAGUGGGCAAAGGGACUAUAUUUUUUUGGGUAACUGGGAGAGAAGCACUUUCUAUGCUGGUGGGACUGUUACUGAUCACCUCCUCACUUCAUGUUGCCAUGCUAAAACCUCCCAAGGGUAAAAAUGUGUCUUGGGGUUCGGCGGACUCAUAUACCAGCCGCCCAUCCGAUUCAGAUGUUUCUUUGGAAGAAGACAGAGAAGCUGUGCGAAGAGAAGCGGAAAGACAGGCCCAGGCCCAGUUGGAAAAGGCUAAGACCAAACCAGUUGCAUUUGCUGUUCGGACCAAUGUUGGCUACAGCUCAGCGCGAGAUGACGAGGCUCCUGUUCCAGGCAUGGCCAUUUCAUUUGAAGCUAAAGAUUUUUUACAUGUCAAAGAAAAAUUUAAUAAUGACUGGUGGAUAGGCCGACUGGUAAAAGAAGGCUGUGAAAUAGGAUUUAUCCCUAGUCCAGUGAAACUAGAAAACAUGAGAAUACAACAUGAACAAAAAGCAAAGCAGGGGAAAUUCCAUACCAGUAAAUCAGGGGGGAACUCUUCUUCCAGCCUGGGGGAUGUGGUACCUAGCUCUAGAAGAUCCACUCCACCAUCAUCCGCUAUAGACUUAGAUGCCACUGGCUUAGAGGCAGAAGAGCUUGACAUUCCUCCAGCCAACCAUCGCUCCCCUAAACCCAGUGCAAACAGUCUAACAUCGCCCCACUCCAAAGAGAAAAGAAUGCCCUUUUUUAAGAAGACAGAGCACAUCCCUCCUUAUGAUGUAGUGCCUUCCAUGAGACCUGUAGUUUUAGUGGGGCCUUCCUUAAAAGGAUAUGAGGUGACAGAUAUGAUGCAAAAAGCAUUAUUUGAUUUUUUAAAACACAGAUUUGAAGGAAGAAUAUCCAUCACCCGAGUCACGGCGGACAUCUCGCUAGCCAAACGCUCUGUGUUAAAUAACCCCAGUAAACAUGCGAUCAUAGAAAGGUCUAAUACAAGAUCAAGCUUUGCUGAAGUUCAAAGUGAAAUUGAGCGCAUCUUUGAGCUAGCGAGGACGUUGCAGCUUGUUGUUCUGGAUGCGGAUACUAUCAACCAUCCAACUCAACUCGGCAAAACCUCCCUCGCCCCCAUCAUAGUCUUUGUGAAAAUUUCCUCUCCAAAGGUUUUACAAAGGUUAAUAAAGUCAAGAGGAAAAUCGCAGGCUAAGCAUCUUAAUGUCCAAAUGGUGGCAGCCGAUAAGCUUGCUCAGUGCCCUCCGGAAAUGUUUGACGUCAUUCUGGAUGAAAACCAGCUUGAAGAUGCAUGUGAGCACCUGGCCGACUACCUGGAAGCCUACUGGAAGUCAACCCAUCCUCCAAGCAGCAAUUCUACUGAUGUGCUUCUCUCCCGCACACUCACCACAGCAACACUCCCCAUAACCCCAUCAUCACCCUCCAACACACAGCAGAGUUCCCAAGGUGACCAGAAGAAUCAGAAUUCAGCACCAGAAAGAACUGGCUCGGUUGAGGAAGACACAAGUGCUGAACCCACUAAGAAGUUCCAACAUCGCUCUUCCUCCUCUGCGCAGCACCACAAUCACCGCAGUGGCGUGAGCCGAGGGCUUUCCAGGCAGGACACAUUAGAUAACGAAACCCAAGCGAACAGAGAUUCCGUUUACCUAGAUCCAAAGGAGGAUUUUGCUUCUGAGCAUGACGCCCCCCCAGAUUCACACAGGGAACAUAACCAUCGGGACGAGACACAUGCAGUUAGUGAACAUAGACACAAAGAGAGCCGGCUUCGGCCCAAUGAACCGGACAGGGAACAAGACCACAAUGAAUGCAACAAACCCCGCAGCCGUCAUAAAUCAAGGGAUCGGCACUGCGAAAAGGAUGGAGAAGUUCCUAGGAAACGAAACGAGACGGAAUGGAACAGGGAUGUGUAUGUCCGCCAGUAAUGUUGCUUGCUAGACACCUUUUAAUGUGAUUUUCCCAUUCUUGUAACGCAUCAUUGGCUCCUUGUCGCAGAACAUAAGCGUCUGCCAUGUCAUCUGUAUUUGGAUUCCGGUUGCCUGUUCAGCAACGACAUAGACUUUUAUAUUUUUGCUAGUAUUUUAAUUUUCCAAUUGCCCUGGUGUGACUGCGACUCUGCAGACCAUGCAUUUUAGCUGUGUCUGUGGCUAACAUGUCUAAGCUGCCUGUCCUUCUUAAAGAGAUGCUGCUCUUCUAAAGCAAGGCGUGGGGUGGCGUUAUCUUAUCCUUGUCUGGCGGGGACACAUUUAAAACCUAUGUGUGAUCACUGCAAAGGUUUUCUUCUGUUUAUGUUCAGUAUCAAAGUAGAUACGUCACAUUUCUUGUUGCAUUCUCAGCCGUAGCCACUUGGUAUGAAUUUUGAUUUCCGUAUUUUAAGGCCCAAUUUUUUUUUUUUUAAUCGUCUCCUCCCUUUUUUAUUUUAAUUUGAAACAGAGCUAAUAUUGCCUUACUCUUCUCAUGUCAAUACAUUAUCAGUCAUUUUCUAUGUCUUGUAACCAGAGUUUAUUUGUCCUUUCCCCCCUCAUUCCUGCAUGUUUUCUACACAGUUGUACAUGCUCCAUAUAAAUCAUUGGUGACUGGAACUAACUUGGGGAAACAAUAACAUAUAGGACUAUUUGAAUUAAAUUCAUAUUAAUAUAUUAAAUUCAUUAGCCUCUUCUCAGCUAGAAAUGUGCCUGGCAGCAGAGGUCCAUUUGUCUUUAGAUACCAUGAUCCGAUGUAGUGUUAAGUAUUAUACGUAAUCUAUUUUCUUGCAGAACCAUUGUUGGAAUAAAAUGGGACUAACCCAACGUGCGAGGUAAGCAUGCAGAUGAUAAAUCCUUAUAUUUGUAUUCUAUUUUUGUGCAAAUCGUUUUUGAGUCACUUUGAAGAGAGUCAUUAUGUUUUGCACUGGAAAACAACUGUUAGUACAGCCGUGCAUUUGGUGCAUAAAAUGCUUGAAAAAUACAGAAUUUCCUGUGGAUAUGCACAAACUCCUAAAUUGGUCAUGAAUAUAUGUAAAUAUAGAAAUAUAUCUAUAUAUUUAUAGCUGUGAUAUUUAAAUGCACCUUCGAUAGUAUAAGAGAAAUUAAUACCAAGAACUGUACAAAGCUGGGCAGGAGAGGGCAAGUCGCCCGUUUCAUUAAGUUGAAAUUUGAUAUAAUAAAGGGUGAGGCUUGCUUAGGCAAAUAUCAUAGUUUGUAGAGUUAAAAAAUCCUAAAUUAUUCCUGAAUUUGAAAGUAGCUAGUAGCAGAAUGUGCAGCCCAGCAAUAAGCAGUGCUGUCAUGUGUGUGUGUGUCCUGGGUUUUGGCUGAACAAGGAACAUAACCAGGAUAGAAAGUCUACAAUACUGAGUCCACAUUUCCAUGCACGGCAGUCUUCAUUGGAACAUAGGUUCUGCUGCAAUGCAGUGUGUUCAAGAAUGGUGGCAUUGCUAGAGUUCCUAGCCCAAUAAGCCCCAGCCUUGGACACAAAGGCAAUAUAGUCUUGAAUUUUGCCAAAGUUUCCUUUGGAGAAGAAAUACCACCCAGGGUACUUUCUAGCACAUUACUGCCAUGUUUUUUCCUUCUGCCAGAUAGUCCAUGCAUCUAUUCAGGAUGGCACAAGGGAUAUCCAGAAGAAGAGAAGCGUGAAGCUCUGUUAGAAAGUACCCUCUACCAAUAGGAAGGUUAUGGUCAAAUGACAAUAGCACCCACCAAUGAUAAUGAGUUCCCUUCUCCUUCUAUACAUUCUCAAAGUAGCUGGUGGUGUGGCAGUUUAAUUUCAAGUAGGUGCCAUUACUGUCCUAACAUUUCAGGUUACUAAUUAUGGUGACUGGUGGGAAGUCUUAACAAAUUGACACCCCUUUGGGUUUCAUUGUCCUUUAUUAGAUUACACUGAAAUUGCAAUUAAGAGGUGGCAAUUUGUUUGACACCACUACCACAGUCCCAAACCCCAAAACUCAAAUCGAAUUGCAAUUGAGUUUUCCUACAGAAAAAAACCUGUGACUUUUGCACAUCAAAUUUUUUUGACGGGCAACAUUUAUUUUCUCCCAUUGAAGUCUAUGGGGGGUAAUUUUUAAAGCGAAACUUGGCAAAUAUUUGGCUCAUCACUACUAUUAACAAUUUAAAAUAGUUCAACGGACCUCUGCCAUUGACUUCUACAUGAACUCG